AGGUAAUGAAUGAACUAGUUGAAACGGAAAGAGUUUACGUAAAUGACCUUCAGUGUGUGGUUGAAGGUUAUAUGAAAGAAUACCAAGAUGGCAGCCCUGAUCUACCGCGUGAACUCCGGGGAAAGAAAGGAAUAAUUUUUGGUAACAUUUACGAAGUCUAUGUUUUCCACCGAGAUAUAUUUCUUCGAGACCUCGAACUUUGUAUAGAUCAACCAUUACUUGUUGGCGAAGUGUUUUUGGCGAAAGAGAACGAAUUUCAAAUGUAUGCAUCGUAUUGUAAGAAUAAACCUAGCUCGGAGGCUUUGAGAAAAGAAUGUGCUGAAGCGCCGUUCUUCCAGGAAUGUCAGAAGAAGCUAGGACAUCAGCUACCAUUAGAUUCUUACCUCCUGAAGCCGAUUCAACGAAUCACAAAGUAUCAGCUAAUUUUAAAACAAAUGAUUAAAUAUUCACAAAAGUCUCAGGAAAGUCUUGCCAGUUUGGAGGACGCUCUAGAAGGCAUGAUGAAAGUUUUAAAAAACCUCAAUGAUGUAAUGCAUUCGACAUAUAUCCGUGGAUUUCUCGGUAGCUUGGGAGAUCAAGGCAAGCUCUUGAUGCAAGACAGCUUUGUUGUGUGGCAGUCUAAUAAGAAACAUGUUAUCAAUAUGAAUAUAGCACAUUUCAAAGGCAAGCCAAGGCAGGUAUUUCUCUACGAGAAGAUGGUCGUGUUUACAAAACGUGACGAUGAAGUGGUCAAGGAUACUGUGUAUUAUCAGUGUAAGAUAUCAUUAAAGGUAAGACAAUGUACACUUAAUGUCUGCUCCCGUGGGAAAUAGUUAGUUUUGUUUCCCCCAGAGUCUUGAUCCCGAGACGAUGCCAAGGGAAACGGAGUCUCAAUGGUUCGAUCCCGAGACGAAGCCGAAGGAAACAUUAUUGGGGGCGGGAGAAGAAAACUGACUAUUUCCCUCUGGAGCAGGCAUUAAGUGUUUUGUUAUAUAUAUAUAUAGCGACAAAACUACUGUUAGUCAAAUAUCUGGUAUCCGAUAUGAACUGUGCAAAAAUAUUUUACUCGCAAUUACAUUCAAUGUCAUCUUGUUGCUUCGUUGAUAACAGGCAGCUUUCACAAAAAAUAUUAACCAAUUACACAAGUAAAGUGUAAAAUCUGAAAAUCUGAAAAGAAAUUUUAGAACUAUUCGUGCGCUUUCGUCUUUCCCAUUAUUCCCGCUUUCGUCUUUCCAAUUAUUCCCUUCUUUCAUAUCCCUUCUUAUGCUUACGUUUUCCGAAUUUUUAGCUGAUUGACAUUGGUCUCACUGAAACUGUUAAAGAAGAUCGUCUAAAGUUUGGUCUGUGGCUUCAGAACAAAUCAGAAUUCUAUACAUUGCAGGUACAAAUGCAGUAUAGCCAUCCAAAAUACUCCUGUAAACGAUAUAUUAAGCUUCCCUCCUCAAAUGAGCCUUUCUCUAAUAACACCAGAAACUACAGGUUGAGAGGGAUUCAACUACGUAAAAACUACAAGUAAAACCUCGACGUUUCGAGCGAAGGCUCUACGCUGGGGAGUUAGACUUGCCUUCGCUCGAAAGGUCGAAGUCUAUACGCCUGUAUUCUAAAAGCUCACUGACACUCAAAGAGUGGAGGUUCAAUCUGAGCUUUCCCUAAAAGUGUCAAUGCUGUUUUUUGUAUAGCUGUAUUGAACCUCCACUCUUUGAGUGUGAGCGUGAGUGAGCUUUUAGAAUACAGGCGUUAAUUAUACUGUAUGUUUUUCAGGUAAUGGAAUUUGUGUUAAUGUCACUACCGAGACUGGCACAGACCUCUCACGAGAUUUUUUAUCCAUUUAGCCUCUUCUUCCACCCACCCACUCUCUAUUUACUUCUCAAAAUAAUUGAUAAUAAUUCAUGAGGAAGACACGAACGUUUAAAUCUUUACUGUCAGUGCCUUAUACGACGGGAAUUCAUGUAAUAACGUCCAAAAAAUAGACACAAUUUUCCUGUCUGAUGGAUUUAGUUUAAUUAUAAAUUAAAUUAAAGUGACUUUCAAAUAUUAUUAUUUAUCAAACACUUCGUUGAGAACACAUACAGUGCGAACCACGAUAUUACGCAAACGCAAAUUGCCAUAAAAAUUUAUUGAAUUUACGAAAUAUUAGCUGAAAACUCUACACAGCUGCUCAAUUUAUCAAAUAUAAUACUAUAAAAACUGUGAAUCAAGUUUAAUUAAUUAACGAAAGUAUAUAAAAUAAAGGGUUUUAUAUGUUAUGUGCUUUUUUUACUGAACCACGAUAUUAGUUAUAUUUCAGAAAAACCACGUUGACAGCGUUCAGAACAAAUUAAACAAUAAGUUAUUGUCUCAAAUUUUUAUUGAUAUUUAAUUUUUUCAAAUUUUUAUAAAUUCAAAUACAGAUUUUUGGAAAUAUACACGUUGAUGAAAUUGGCAAACGUAACAAUACAAAUCAUAGAAAAAGUUUAUUUAUUAACAUGGGCCCCGUGACGUUUGAUGUCUUCAAAAAGUCUCAUUCACUGAAUCAGUCAGUUUCUCGAUGGUGGACUUAGGCAUGGUGGCUGCUGAUUCUUUGAUGGCCAUCCACAGAUCAUCUUUUGAUGAGUACUGCUUGCCAUUCGCAUAAACAUGACGAUUUAAUUGACCACAAGUCCUCUAUUGGGUUCAAAUCUGGUGAGUUUGGAGGCCAAACCAUCAGGGUUUCAUUCACAAAUCCAAGUGAGUGAAGAAAUCGCGUUGUUGCCUUUGCUGCAUGGGACGGUGCAUUAUCAUGCAUAAAGAUAAUCUUCUUCAAUGUUGCCAAAGGAAGGUUAUCCAACCAUGGCUAAAGGGAAUUUUUCAGGAACGGGCAAUACGUGGCUGAGGACAACUUUAGACCUUCAGGAACGCGGAAGCGACCAAUGAUAGCAUUUCCAAUGAUUCCGCCCCAAAUCGUAACCGCACCACCACCACCUUGUUGACGCCGCAUCCUGUUAGGACAAUUAUUACCAUUGAAAACACAUCCUUUAGCCCAGCCAUCAGGACCAUCUAGUAACGCUCUCGACUCGUCAGUAAAAAGAACAAACUUCAUGUCUGUCUUCAUAUACUUUCUUGACCAUUCCAUCCGCAAACGCUUGUGCCUAGGUGUCAAGGAAGGCCUUUUAAUCAUAGUCUUGACGGAAGCUAGCUUCCCAAGGAUACGAUUUCGGGUGGUUUUUGGUACAUCUGGCAGACCUGCUUCUUUAAAGAUUCAUUUACUUUUUGCUUCUGGCAUUUUACGUAGGUUUCUUCUCAGGCGAUACAUAUCCCGCUUUGUCACUGAUUUCCUAACGCCGCGAUCAGAAGGAGAUUUCCUCUUUGAAGGAUUUUGUAAAAAUCUUGUCAGUGUGACCACAUGGCGAUUUAUUCUUUCAGCAAUUGAUUUGGUUGUUUUGCCCUUUGCCAUUUCUUUUAUAAUAGUGGCUUUCUCGGCUUCUGUUAAGUCCUUCCUACGCCGCAUAUUGCCGGAUGAUUUAUGAAACUAAUACCGUGGACCACCUCUUUUAUAGAGGAACCCCUGGAUUUUGUAAUCACGUGACUAAUAUGAAAUGUAAACAUUGCAACGAUGUUUCCACUAUAAACAAAAAACAUGUCACGUGUAUUUAUGUUUUGCCCUCCUAAUUCUAAGACAUAAUGCCCAAAUCUCAUACAUAACUAAUAUCGUGGUUCGCACUGUACUUCACGUGAUUUGUCGGCGUUUCUAGCUAUAGCCAAUAUUUACAAUUUUGGUAAAGGCUCAGAUCUUUUGAGUUCGAGUCUGGACGAAGCGCACAUGCAGUGCUCGUGCAAUGCCAGAGACGCAUUCAAAACAGGUUGUGUUCACUGCCUAACCAAUAUGGUAAAUCUUUGAAAUGCAACACUCUUACACUCGUCCAGCUAUUGUGCAUUAUUAUAAAGAGUAUAUAAAAAAAGACUUGUAUAUAUAUAUAUGCAAACACUACGAAAUAUUUUUCUGUGUUGGUGUAAUGUACUCAGGUGAUUAUGAUGAGGUCGUAGGUUCGAUUCCCACCGUGGUCAGGCAUAUUUUUCAAGCUUGCCCGGUGUGGAUAUACACUCAGAGUAACAUCACAAGCAUCAUAAUCACCUGAGUACAUUACACCAACACAGAAAAAUCAUUGCUGAUUAUUAGAUUACAUUGAUAUCGAAGGAACUAGAUUCUGUUCCGAAAUAUCACAUAGUCGAACCGAUCUGACCUAGUAACUCAGUUGGCAGAACAUUGAACUAGUAUUCCAAAGGUCGUAUGUUCGAUUCCCACCGUGGUCAGGCAUAUUUUUCAAGCUUGCCCGGUGUGUAUAUACACUCAGAGUAACAUCACUACGAAAUAUAUCACUUGAUGAUUUCAGGCUCCGUCAGAAGAUAUUAAGAAAUGUUGGGUGCAGGAAAUUAGACGAUUAUUGCAAUCUCAAUUCUCACAAGCUAAAGGUAUUUCUCGUUUGCGCAUGUCGUCACUAUACGUGUUAUUGACCGGCCAUCUUGGUUGAUUUUAAGACCUACUGUAUAGCCGUUAGAGUAAAAUGAGUUAUCCUACUAUUUCCUGAUUUGUUUUAAUUUAAACACAACUUACCGGCGGAAUUAUGGCUUAGUCUUUUAUUUAAGACAGCCUGUGGUAAAGUAGAAAUCAAGUAAUAAUUAUUGCAACAAGAAUACAUUACUUGUAAACAUAUUAUAUUAAUAUGAAUUGAUUCAUACCUAUAGAAUCCAGAUCUCAUUCAGUAAGUGCUACUUCUCCUGGAUUUCAGCGUGGUAUAAAAUUUGCAUCUCCUGCUGGGUAAGACAUUUACUAAUUUAAAAGAUUAAACUUUCCAAUCAGACGAGUUGAAUGAUAUAUUACAUUCCUUCAUCCGAUAAAAUAUUCCCGAAGAUAUCUCAAACAUGGCUUUCAUUUAAACAUGGCUGAGAGAGAAGAGUGCAUGAAUAGGCUUGUUAAGUAAUUGUGACAGUGAUCUGUCAAGUGAUGGUUAAUUAUAUAUAUUUUAGGGUGCGAAAUUUAAAAGUUUAAAACGCAUUUUGAGUUCAUUUAUAUAAUAUCUUCAAAAACAAUAUAAUACCAUCAAAAAUACAUGCCUAAUGCUAUAUGACAUACCUCAUGAACAGUAAACGAAGAUACAAUGGGUAAAACCAAAAGGUCCAAUCCACAAAACAAAUAAAUAAAUUAAAUAAAAAAUAAAUGUGGGUACCGCAGGGAUCUGUACUUGCAUGGACCCAUGGCUAUUUCUCGUAUACAUGCAUUAAUGAUUUUCCAAAAUGUUCCUUAUUUUCUGAGUUUCACUUGUUUGCAAAUAAUGCGGCAAGUAUUUUCUAUGAACAAUCGUCUCUUUCAACUCUUUGACUGGAAAAUCAGUGGCGUAACGGGAGGGUGUCAGGGUGUCCAGUGACGGGGGGCCCCCGACAAAAAUGACCUUAAAAAAUUUGAUAGCACAUUUCUGGGGAAUUGAAUUAAUUGAAUUGAAUUGAAUAAAAAUAACCCAUUCUCUGGAAAAGGCAAAAUCCAUCCAGAAAUUUCCCGAAGCUGCGACGGAUUAAGUACGUCGCGGCUGAGGUAAAGGACGAGAUACUAGAAUGAAUUAAUUGCAAUUUCAUUGGGUAUGUCCGUAAAAAAAUUUGGACCCCUAAAAUGGUACAAUAUCCGAAAAUUUUUGGCGAGUGGGGGUGGUGGUGGGGGGGGGGAGGUCGCCAAAAAUAAAUUGUUCCGAGAAAAAUUUUUGGAGCCUAUUUUUAGUGGAGCAAAGGGGCCCAAAGUGGCCGAUUGACGGAGGGUCCCCAGCGGUUGCGUUACGCCACUGUGGAAAAUACUUAAAUAAAUAAGGAAGUAAAUAGAGUUAACAUUUGGUUAAAUGUGGAAAAAUGGUUUAAAUGUGGAAAAAUAUAAAUAGGUUAUUUUCCACCCACUAUUUUUAUUAAAAUCUUAUAGGAACUAUUAUCUUUUCUAAUUUUGAUGAACAUUCAAGUAAAUUUUUUAAGCAAAUAUAGAGAUUUUAAAGUUCCCAAACCUAUAGCAUAUGGAAAAUGUAUUACGGAACAUAUAUAAGGGCAUGGUUCAUUUAUAUUUUAAUUCUGCUAAACUAUAUAGAUUUGGUGUUACAUUACCAAUUCUUCAUUUAUCAUUCUACCAUAAUAAAACGUUUCGUUUCAUCUGUAGUGCUUCUGAGAGGAGAAAGAGCGCUGAACACCUGAGGUAAUGAUAAUAAGAAUAUCAUGCAUUCCUUUGUGUUGUUAAAGGCCCUGUCACACUAUUGCGUA